CCAUCCUAGGAUGUACACAUAAAAUCAAACCACUUAAACAUCGGUAUUAUCGAAGCUCCAUGGGGUUUCUUCUUCGAUAUCAUCGAUUUCAUAAACAACAAACAACCACCAAAUCACUAACUACACAAAAAACACCCACUUCCCUAUUUCUUUCCUUUUUCCCUUCUCUCUAAAUUCAAUUACUUUGAUUUAAUUUACAAGAAUUAGAGAAGAAUCCCAACCCAAAAAUGGCGAUCUCAUUGCCAAAUUCUUCAUCUUCUGCUGUUUCUGAAACACCCACCUGCAGUUUUCUCCCUAUUCAACAAAACCAUCAUCAUUCCAUUUCUAAAAUCUCCUUCUCUUAUACUCCCAAGCUCAAAUUUGGCCUCUUUUCCCAGACUACUUCAAGCCGCAUUGUCGCCGUGAAGGCUCAACUAAACAAGGUUGCCUUAGAUAAUUCUAAUAAUGCUCCACCUACUCCACAAGCAAAACCUGCACCACCGGCUGAAGAAACGACAAACAAUGAGGUGUCAGGAGGAUCUUCCCCUACAGUGUCGGCUUCAGAAGAAUCAAUCUCUGAAUUUGUGAGCCAAGUUGCCAGUCUUGUCAAGCUUGUGGAUUCAAGAGACAUUGUAGAAUUGAAAUUAAAACAACUUGACUGUGAGAUAUUGAUUCGCAAGAAAGAAGCUGUUCAACAAACACAUAUUCCCAAUCCUGCACAUGUAAUUACAAUGCAAUCACCUCCUACAGUAGCACCUUCCCAAGCUCCUCAGUCUUCACCACCUACUUCUGCUCCGCCAUUACCGGCCCUGGCGCCUGUUGCCAAGCCAGCUAAGCCAUCACUUCCACCUUUCAACAGCCCUAUGUCAGGCACAUUCUAUCGCAGUCCGGCUCCUGGUGAGCCACCAUUUGUUAAGGUUGGAGAUAAAGUUCAGAAAGGCCAAGUCAUAUGCAUUAUUGAGGCCAUGAAGUUGAUGAAUGAAAUUGAGGCUGAUCAAUCUGGAACCGUAAUCGAUAUUCUUGCUCAAGAUGGGAAACCCAUCAGCAUCGAAUCGCCUCUACUUGUAAUCCAGCCUUAAACAGACAGUGGUUGCUGAAGCUGCAUCAAUUGACAUUAUAAUGACAGUUGAACAUCAACUAUGUUAAGAUGUAUUAGUAUUGUUUGAUGGUUAUAGUCUUUUACUAAUCUUUUAUUCUAUUUGCUAGGAAGUGGGAGUAAGGUUGUGAAGCCUUGCAAGUAUUUCUUCUAUGUAUUUUAUGAUAUUAUCUGUUGUGAAAUAAUGUUCCUGAUGCUAUUUUUUUCUUUUAGGUAAUUUUUCCUUUUUUUA